AUUCAAAUGGAGAUAGAUUCGCAUAAACAUAAUGACUAGCGAAAAUCUGCGUGGGGAGAGUCUGAUAGUAAGAGAAUAAAUUUGAAUGCACGAGCGCAAAGACAGGCAAUACUUUGCUUGAAAACGUUCUUCUUCUUAUUUUAUUCAAAUACGGCUUGUGCUUAAUAAUUGUAGUUCCGUUAGUUAAAGAUGUCGGAUUGACCUUUAUUGUGUAGUUGAAAAUCAGAAAAUUUCUUAAAAUGCAAAACAUGGAUUUAGGGGAUAACGAACUCAAACCUAUAAAGAUUCUUGGUGCCGGUAGUUUCGGCCGGGUAUUUCUUUGUAAUUAUCGUCAUAAGUACAAAGUUUGUGUUAAACGUAUCAUUGUCAAGAAUCCUAAAAAGGAAAUGAAAAUAGUUAUGCACGAGAUUUACAUUAUGUCACAACUACGACAUCCUCAUAUCGUUCACUAUGUACGUUCUUUCGUUCACGCCGGUACAGUGAAUAUAGUAAUGGAGUACGCGCCUAAUGGCACAUUACAUGAUCUUAUUAGAGGUUCUUUACCCAACGGCUUCACCGCAGCCGAAGUAAUACACCAUUUUUGCGACAUUUUAAUGGGCCUCGAGUAUUUACACACACGCCAUGUUAUCCAUCGUGACCUAAAGCCAGCCAAUUUAUUAGUCGAUUCCAAUUUUUGCAUCAAAAUUGGGGACUUUGGUAUAUCCUUUAUUAAUUCGCCAAAUGUCACUCAUGAUUUUGCUGGCACGAUUCUCUAUAUGGCUCCGGAAAUAAUGCGUUGUGAAAAAUUUAAUAAUAAAUGUGAUAUAUGGUCUCUUGGUUGUCUAUUGUAUGAAAUAUGUUGCGGUCGUAAUCCCUUUGCGCAUGCAACCUGCCGCGAUGAGGUAGAUCGUUUAAUCCAUUCCUUUACACGUCGAAGAUUAGAUUGCAGCGCCAUACGUUCAAAAUACGGUACAAUGUGGGCAAACCUCUGUUCAUCGAUGUUAGUGACAGACGUUGAAAAUCGCAUAUCCUUAGAAAAAAUUCUACACUGGGAUGCUAGUCUCACUUUAUACUAUUAUCGCAAAUAUUUUGCUUAUAGUUACCAGAAAUGAAAACGAGGAGAAUUCAAAAUUUUAAUUAUUAGAAGUAACAAUUGAUCAAUUCUUUUACUGUUAAAAAAACAAAAAAACCUGUAAAACAACAUUGUAAAGUCAUUAUGUUCGGUCUUUUUUUUUUUCUUCUUUUUUGUAAUGUGUUCGUGAAGAGUUUGUAUCGUGAAAUGACUGCGCUUUUAUAUAUUAAUCAAACAAUUUUUUAAAUAUGCCAAAAAAAAACAUUUUGUAGCAAAGUCAUUAUAUAAAAUUUUUUGUAAUGUGCAUGUAAAGAACCCGUAUCUGAUUAAUAUUGUAAUAAAAAAAAUUAAACAAAA